ACCCCUGUAGUUGGGGAGUUAAAAAUAAUUUUACUCAAAAGUUUACCCCAAAAGAAACUCCGACAUCCGUCCCAGCCGCUCGCUCCAUCCUCAGCCGGCCAGACCUCACCAUCAGCCAGUGCCCACUGCUGCAGCUGCUGGCUCUUUCUGGAAAGCACUAGAAUUUGGAAUUGGAAAGCAAGUUCGACUCUGUGGAAAUUUGGACCGAGGGAAAUUUGCUUAAAAGUUCCCACCCCAUUUUUCAGUCCGUAUCUGUUCAGACUCUCAUAUCUAUGUUGUGAUUUUCAGGGAAAUAUGGUUGGUCAAAUGAAGUUGAUGAUUGCGGAGGAACAAAAGUUCCAAGGGAAAGCAUUGUCGUUAUCCCAUACGAAGACCGCAAUCACUACGAUAAAGGAGAAAUUCACUGAACAGCAGCUGCAAAUGUUUGAACAGAGUUGUUUUGGUCAUCUCCUAGGGAUUGAGGACCUCAAGUGGACUUCUCCGAUUGUCCACGGCUUGCUGCUCAGGAAAGCUGAUCCCAAGACAGUUUCCCAACUGAACGGGAUCAAAUUCAUUGUUGGCAAGAAGGUCAUCCAAUUCACGGCGCAGCAAUUUUGCAUCGUGACAGGGCUAAGGUUUGGAAACCUUCCCUUUAUUCCGAUUCCCACUAAUGAGAACUGCUCAUUGAAACGGAAGUACUUUGCCAACGAUAAAACUGUGAACCUGUUGGAAUUAGAAAAGGCCUUCCUCGAAUGCGAUGAUGUGGACGAUGUAUUCAAGCUUGGAUUCGUAUACUUUGCUGUGUUUGUGCUGUUGGGCAGCGAAAAACAUGUCCACAUUGACAUGCGAUAUUUGAAGUUGGCGGAAGACCUUGAAGACUUUGGGAAGUAUCCAUGGGGUGCUGUGUGUUAUGCGAAGACAAAUGCGUCACUGCUGAGGGCACUUUGUGCAGAUUACCAGCGAGUGAAAGUGCCCACAAAAACUGCCAAAACAAAAAAAUCUGGAAAGAAACCAACAACAACGGCAACCGGUAGACCAAGAGAGUACCACCUCAAAGGUUUUCCCUAUGCACUUCAGAUUUGGGCGUAUGAGGUGUUUCCAGCGUUGGCUGCACUACAUUUGGUGGUGCACGAAGAAAAUGCGCACAUCCCUCGUUUACUACAUUGGAGGAGCAAUAGUUCGCCGCGUUUUUAUGAGCUAAUGAGCCAAGUAUUCGAGAACCGUGAGGUUGAUGUGCAGCUUCUCCGGCCAUCUGUGAUGGACAAGCAGCAGCCGUAUUGGACUUGGGGUGACAGUGCUGACGACACUGAAGAACUUGUUGACUUGUUGGGCGAUGACGCUGAACAAAAAACCGGCACUUCUGCCUCUGUAGAAGAAAAAGAUAAGGACAUUGACGAAACUGCAAGCCUUCCGUCGUCUUCUAAGGGUACAGUCGCGUCCAGAGAGUUACGCACUUUGAAGCGUGACUUUGAAAGGACAAAGGAUGAAUUGGCCAAAGUUGCCCUAUCAAAUCGAGCGCUUCGCGACAGAGUGCAUCAGUUGGAAGACAAGGUACGGAAGGAGUCAAUGAAAGCUGAAAAAGAGUUCGAAAAAAAUAAAAAGUGUGUGGAGGAUUUCCGCAACACCCUGGCUUCAAUGGAGCAUUAUUUUAAGUUGGAGAUAGAGCAGCUGAAAAAACAAAAUGGUGGGGUGAAUGAAGCUGCGGAAGGACAUGAGGACCUCGGUAGUCCUCAUAUGAAUGAAGGAGGCAACAAUGACUUGUCGCCAUUACAUGCCUAUGUUAGUCCGCCUACAGAACCGGCAGUAAUGGAAACACAAGUCCCCGGUGAUGGAGCCGAACCUUCCGCAGCCAUGGUAGUUGAAGAGGCAAAAAUGGCCGCUUCAGUUCCUCACUUAGAAGUGCAUGAAGUAGCUGACCCGGCACAAUCCGAGAAGCUGCCUAUCCCGGAAGAUGUGGCCGGGUGUGAUGAAAUCUGCCAAAGAGUCAUGAAGCUGUUAGAAGAUUGGAAAAUCACUAAGAGUAUGCCAUCGGGAGGUUUGAUGAAUCCUCCAAGUCUACCCACAGUUACUAUGGCUGGUGAUGAAGAAGCACCUGGACAUGGCAACCUUUCUUAUCCGGAAAAGGCAACUCUCUCAUCCGUUGCAAUUUCUAGAGCCGUUCAAACCGACUGCAGGAAACGUGGAUCGAAGAAGGCAGCUGCUUCAAACACCGUUGACCUUCCACCCAGCAAGCUGAAGAAUAUACAUCACUUUGUGCGUGGUACGUGGCAACACGGGUAUGCCCAAGCUUGGACAAAAGUCCGGAAGGUCUAUUUUCCAUAUAAUCUGAAAGGGUCUCACUGGGUUGCAAUCGAAAUUGAUUUCGUCAAACAUACUGCAACUGUGUAUGACUCCUAUGUUGCUUUUACCAAACGUUCAAAGCUGGCACGAGUGCUGUACGAUAUGCACUUUUAUGAUGAUUCUGAGGUUGAAGAGGUUAAGCAAAAGGGGCUGACGAUGUCGAUGUUUACGCCAUUCUCAGUGUGCAGCAUUGCAGAUGUGCCACAACAACGAGAUGGUACGUCUUGCGGAAUCUUGACCGUCAAAUUCAUCGAGCAUCUCAGUGCUGGGAUUUCGGUAGAUAAAGUUGACCCUUUGAAGAUCAAAUAUUACCGACUGAAGCUUGCAAUUGAGGGUUUAAGGGGGGAGGCAUAUUUAUGAGGUAAAUGUCUUCAUGUCCGUGAAUUCACCUCACUCUGGACUUAUGACUUGGGAAUUCACUUUGCUCAUUACUUA